CGGGCGUCCCGGCGGCCACAGGGCAGCGCCGCGGGGGCCUCCGCCGCAGCCCGCCCCGGCCCCACGGCACGGCCCCGCCGCCGCCGCUGCUGCUCCCGCCGCCAUGAGCGGCCCCUACCCAGAGGAGAGCUGCGCCGAGCGGCCCGAGUGCAAAAGUAAAUCGCCAACUUUGCUGUCCUCCUACUGCAUCGACAGCAUCCUGGGCCGGCGCAGCCCCUGCAAGGUGCGGCUGCUGGGCGCCGCGCCCAGCCUGCCCGCCAUCGCCGCCCGCCCCGACACCGACAAGGCCGUGCAAGGGUCCCCCAAGGGCAGCCCCCCCUUCGAGCCGGCCGAGCUGCACCUGCCCCCCAAACUGCGCCGGCUCUACGGGCCGGGCGGGGGCCGGCUGCUGCCGCCGGGGGCGGCGGGGCCGCGGGGUGACCGUCCGGAGGGGCGGCCGGAGGGGGGCGCCGGCCCCGUGCCCGCCGCCGCCCCGUGGGACACGCUGAAGAUCAGCCAGGCCCCCCAGGUCAGCAUCAGCCGCAGCAAGAGCUACCGUGAAAACGCGCCCUUCGCGGCGCCGCCGCCCGCCCGGGACGAGCUGGGCAGCCCCGCCACGCACGUCGAGGAACGGCCGGGCCCCGCCGCCCCGGCCGCCGAGGAGGAGGAAGAGGAGGAGGACGAAGAGAUGCUGGAGGAGGAGGACGAGGAGGAAGAGGAGCUGGAGGACGACGAGGAGGAGGAGCUGCUGGGCGAGGACGGCGGGGGGCUGCUGAAGGAAGCCCGCCGGGGCGCCACCGCGGCCCCCGGGGCGGAGGGCGGGGAUCUGUCCCCCAAGGAGGAGCUGCUGCUGCACCCCGAGGACGGCGAGGGCAAGGACGGCGAGGAGAGCGUCUGCCUCUCGGCCGGCAGCGACUCCGAGGAGGGGCUGCUCAAGAGGAAGCAGCGCCGCUACCGCACCACCUUCACCAGCUACCAGCUGGAGGAGCUGGAGAGGGCCUUCCAGAAAACCCACUACCCCGACGUCUUCACCAGGGAGGAGCUGGCCAUGAGGCUCGAUCUGACCGAAGCCCGAGUGCAGGUAUGGUUCCAGAACCGUAGGGCUAAGUGGCGGAAGAGGGAAAAGGCUGGGGCUCAGACACACCCCCCAGGUUUGCCUUUCCCUGGUCCCCUGUCAGCAACUCACCCCCUCAGUCCAUACCUUGAUGCUAGUCCUUUCCCUCCUCACCACCCAGCUCUAGACUCCGCCUGGACCGCCGCCGCCGCCGCCGCCGCGGCCGCCGCCUUCCCCAGCCUGCCGCCGCCGCCCCCCGGCUCCGCGGCCCUGCCCCCCGCCGGGACCCCGCUCGGCCUCGGCACCUUCCUGGGCGCCGCCGUGUUCCGCCACCCCGCCUUCAUCAGCCCCGCCUUCGGCAGGCUCUUUUCCACCAUGUCCCCCCUGGGCAGCGCUUCCAGCGCCGCCGCCCUGCUGCGGCAGCCGGCGCCGGCCGCCGAGGGGGCGGUGGGUUCGGCGGGGCUGGGGGAGCCGGCCAGCGCCGCCGCCGACCGGCGGGCAUCCAGCAUCGCCGCCCUGCGGCUGAAGGCCAAGGAACACGCCGCCCAGCUCACCCAGCUCAACAUCCUCCCCGGGAACAGCACGGGGAAAGAGGUGUGCUAAGGCACGGCUGCCGGC